AUGGCAUGUAAAAUAAUGAAAUGUUGUGGAACUAUUGCUCGCGCUCCUCUUAUUUCGCGAGUUUUAAAUAAAGGUCCAAAUUUUUCUCAUAGUAUUUUACAACAUAAUUUUAAACUACCACAAGUGCAGAAUUCAUUAAUUAAUGUUCGAAAUGUUUCAUUUUUUAAUCGAUAUCCUGCUGAACGAUUAUGGAAAAGUGCGACAAGUGUUAGUAAUGCAGGAAAAAAGCGAGGAAGAGGUAAAUCAAGGAGAAUGAUAAAAAAUUUGAACAGAGGACAAAUAAUUGGUGUUGGAAAAGUUAACAUGGUUUGGCCAGGUUUAAAUGCUCCUAUAGUAAGAGGAAGAGAGCUCGUGGAGCAAAAACAACUUCCAGAAAAUCCUGAAAGAGAAAAACAACUUUUUAAGUUAAGAGAUUCAAUUGCAAAAAAGAGAAAAGUUAAAUUACAUCCACUAGAGAGGGGUUGGACCGGUGGAAAACCUGGCGGAAGAAAAAUUGGACCACCAGAUCCUGUUGGCACUGAAAAAUUUGAAGGGUUUGAAUCAGUUAUUUUGGAAUACAAACUAGUUACUGUCAUGACUGGAAAUAUGGGUAGAAAAAGAAGAGUGAGCGCUAUGGUUAUAACAGGCAAUAAGAAUGGCUUGGCAGGGUUUGCUGUAUCCAAAGCAUCUGAAGGGAAAUCGGCGUUAAGAAUUGCUAAAAAUCGUGCUGCAAUGAAACUUAUGUUUAUUAACAGAUAUAAAGAACAUACCGUAUUCCAUGAUUUUUUCUGUCAAUUUGGAAAAACUAAAAUUUUUGUUACAAAAAAAGGUGAAGGAUAUGGAUUGCGUUGUCACAGAGCCAUUAAAAGUUGCUGUGAAAUUAUUGGAAUAAAAGAUUUACAUGCUAAAGUUGAAGGAUCUCAUAAUUUGCAACAUAUUAUUAAAGCUUUUUUUAUUGGUUUAUUGCAACAGAAAACACAUGAGCAGUUGGCUGAAGAAAAGAAAAUGCACCUUGUUGAAUUUAGAGAUGAAAAUGAUGAUUUCCCAACCGUAGUAGCUUCUCCUGCCCAAGUAAGGAAAGCAGAGGAAAUAAAGUCAGAUGAAAUUAUGGAUUUUACUCAAUACGUUAUGGGGGGUAAAGUAGUGUUAAAAAAGAAAAAAUUUCCUCCAUUUUUUCAUCGCCUUCCUUCGUGGACGAUUAGGUUACGAAAGACAGCAUAUUUAAGAAAUAAGGAUGAAGUAAGAACACGUUUGUAUGCUGAACACGGAGAGUUAAGAAGUUUCUAUACCGACAAAUAUCCAGAAGCAAAACCUAAGCUAUGGAGUAAAAAUUUAAGAAAAAAAGAGGAAAUUGAAUUUGAAUAA